AUGAACUAUCUCCCAAAGCAGGAGACACAGUUUAUAAAUACUGUACUGGAUGAAAUAGAUGCAUACCAACAGAAGCACAACCACAAAAGUGUGCUGCUGUUCCCCCCUCUACCGAGCCGACUUCGUUACCUGAUCCACAAGACGACGCAAGACAACCUGCCAGAGCUAGCCACCUUUUCAGUAGGAGAGGCCAGGUGCCGCAGGGUGGUUGUCUACAAUUCAGAUUUCAGGGAUGAGGUACAAGAAGAUAGUGACGUGGGGAGCAACAACAGUUUGUGUGAGGAGCCCCUAAAGCCAAAGGAUAGAGCAGGGAAAGAUAGAGCAGCCAAGCCUAAAUCUUCUACCCUGCUGAGAAACCAAAGGCCUAGUAGGCCUGAUAAGGCCCUCUACAUGCCCAGAGCAGUUCGAGCAAGGCUAUCCCUCCAAAAUCCACCAGCAUGCACGAAAGGACAGGACUUGCUUUCUUCGAGCCCCUGUAGUUUCAGCUGCACCAGCAUCAACUCGCCAUCUGAGUCUUGCUCCUGUUCUGACGUCACAGAAAGCACCGGUUCCUUGUCCUCGAACCGGGAGACAUUCCCCAGUAUGUCUCACAGGGUAGAUGAUAAUAUCGGUCCCAGCACUCCUGACUGCUCAACACCAUGCCCUGAAUCUGAAAAACAGGAUGUGAUGUAUGUGAAUGAGGUGUGUACUUGGCCUCCAGCUUUGGAACAAACUCUGAGUGCCAUGACCCUAGAAGAGGAGGAAGAUAAGACAGGGGACCUGGCCAGCAUAACAUACAAAUCCAAGAAAACAGACACAAGCAUGGACACAGCAGACCUUACUAAUGAGAUUAUGGCACACCUAAAUGAAGCUGAAGAUGUUUUCAUUGAGUUUGCCCACAAUGACUACUCCUGUUUCGAGAAUGUGUGGAUAAACCCGGAUGAGUUUGGCCAUGUGAUCGAGAUCUAUGACUUCCCAGCUGUGUUAAAAACAGAUGAUCUACUGGAUGCGUUCACAGAAUGCAGUGAUGGUGGGAUGAAGAUCCAGUGGGUGGACAACACACAUGCCCUGGGGGUUUUCGCUAGUGAGUCUGCAGCGCUCAAUGCCCUCUCCGUUCGCCACCCUCACUUUAAGACACGCAUGUUGUCUGAUGGGAGCAGAAAGGCUAAGGACAAAGCCAUGAGGAAGGCAGAGUUUAUCCAGCCAAUUAAAGAGCGCCCUAAGACCAGCACUGCUGUUGCCAGGCAGAUGGUGACCAGAGCCCUUGGACUACAAAGGAGAGGAAGAGUUCCACAAUAUUGAAUACAGCUAACCCUGUUGGCAAACAUAGGGAGACCCUGCCAAAGCCUGCCUCUGUUUAUCUGCUGUCUCCAGAGCCACUGCGACGGUCCAAAACAACUAGCUGACGUGUCAGAGCCUGACCUCUGUCCAGCUCUGUUUGUCUGCUUUUAUCCUGGUGAAAUAGGGGUGGGGAGAUCGUCUUUCAGCCCUUGGUGUAUUUGCUCAAGCCCUGCACCGGCCACAUCCCGCCCUGCUUGGAGUGCCAUCAGUCAAGACACUCUUCACUACCAGCUAUCUGAACUCUGCUGGCCAUGUGCCAGCAUAGCCCUGAUCUGACCUUUCUAUGGAGUGGGGAAGCAAAGCAAAUUUCUGUACAUGAAUUAGCUGUCAAAAAUGUGUGGUCUGGCAUCCAGGUGGCGUGCUGGUCUAUUCCAUUGCCUACCAACACAGAGAUCGCCAUCUCAAAUCCUCGUGUUACCUCCGGCUUGGUUGGGCGUCCAUACAGACACAAUUGGCUGUCUGCAGGUGGGAAGCCGGAUAUGGGUAUGUGUCCUGGUCGCUGCACUAGCGCCUCCUCUGGUCAGCCGGGGUGCUUGUUCAGGUCGGAGGGGGAACUAGGGGGUAUAGCGUGAUCCUCCCACAUGCUACGUCCCCCUGGCGAAACUCCUCACUGUCAGUUGAAUUAAAGCAGCUGGAGAUGCCACAUUUAUCGGAUGGAGGAAGCAUGUGGUAGUAUGCAGCCCUCCCCAGCUUGGCAGAGGGGAUGGAGCAGCGACUGGGGACGGCUCAAAAGAGUGGGGUAACUGGCCAAGUACAAUUGGGGAGAAAAAGGUGGGGAAAAAAAAAAGGUAUGGUCUGCCUGGUUACUUGCAAGGAAUCCCUAGUAAUAAGGGAACGGAGCGCCCCCCCCCCUUUUUUUUUUCUUCCAAUUUUAUCCAGCCAAUUACCCCACUCUUCUGAGCUGUCCCAGUCAUUGCGCCACCCCCUCUGCCGAUCCAGGGAGGGCUGCAGGCUACCACAUGCCUCCGGCUUUCCACCCGCAGACAUGGCCAAUUGUGUCUGUAGGGACACCUGACCAAGCCGGAGGUAACAUGGGGAUUCGAUCCGGCGAUCUCCAUGUUGGCAGGCAACGGAAUAGACUGCCACACUACCUGGACGCCCCCCAUAUUUUUUUCCCGCAAGUAUCAAAUGUAUAAAAAAAAACAACCUCACAAAAUCUUGUACAAAGGGGAAGAUAGGAUGUUGGUCAACAGUGAUUUGCAAUUGUUUGAUUUCUCAAUUACUUCCAAGACUUCUUUAAAAUAUUGAUUUAAUUUCAAAUGUGUUUGACUAUGAAAAAAACGAGACUGGUCAAAAACAGACUGUCUUGGGAAUGUUGCUCAUGUGACAAAGGUGUUCAUUUCUCUCUGACUGAGCAGAUUUAGUUUGAAUAUAUUUAUUUUAAGAGUUUGGACCCUGGAACAUUAAAUGUUUGGGAGUUGUUAAAAUGUUUUUUAGUUUUUGUCAUAUUUCUUUAUUUACAUAUUUGUAUUAACCUUUUUUUUGUUACUUUAAUGUGAGGUGGAUAUAAACAAAAUCUAUGAAAAAGGAGCAAAAGCUUAGGUUAAAGUUUGAGUUAAUCUGAAGGACAAGGUGUGUGUUCUUGGGGCCUGUUGAACCUCUGCAACUGUUAUCACAACAGUAAUGUGUCCAAAUCCAUUGUGCUUUUAGGGCCAGGAGGCAGCCAGCUAAUACAGAGCAGUGUCAUCCCAUCACAACACAAACAGCUCAGCAGGGUUACUGAGCGUUCAUUCAUAUGUCGCUUCAAAUGAAACUUGGUGUGUUAAAAUUAAAUUUACAAAUAAAUAUUAAAAUGUUUAUUUGAAUAGGAAACUGUGUGUGUGUGUGUGUGUGUGUGUGUACACACCAUGUUUAACUAUACUAAUGGGGACCAAAUGUCCCCAUUAGUAUAGAAAAAACCAGAAACCACCUAACUUGUGGGGCCCCACAAGUAAAAGGGUCUAUUUUAGGGUUAGGACUUGGUUUUAGGGUUAAGGUUAGGAUUAGGGUUAGGUUAAGGUUAGGGAAAGGGUUAGGCAUGUAGUUUGCGUGGUUAAGGUUAGGGUUAAGGGCUAGGAAAUGAAUGUAGUAAUGAGGGGGCCCUACAAGUAUAGUUUAGUGAGUAUGUGUGUGUGUGUGUGUGUGUGUGUGUGUGUGUGUGUGUGUGUGUGUGUGUUUUCUAUAACUCGCUGAGUGUUGAUUUAAAAAUAUUUGGCUGUUAUCUUUUAUUAAAUCCAGUUUUUGCUAUGUGAGCAAUAUCAAGGACACUCCUAAAAUGGAAUAAAGGUCAUCUGCGUUAUCUUAGACCAUUGUAUAUUCUCGCAAAGGCAUAAAUAAGCAAAGCAAAGCUUUGAUAGUUGAUUAAGGUGGCUAACUUGUUGUAUUCUGAUAUUACUUGGUGUCAACCAUCCAUGUAAACUCACUGACUGUCCACCUAGAUGACCUGAAAUUUAGUGUUGAGAGAGCAGUUCAGUCAGGGGUCUUACAUUUGGCUGUACAUGAGGCUAAACUCACCAACUAUGGGAGAAACUUGAGGACUCUGG